AACUGGCUGGUGACAUAAUAUUCUAUUCUUGUUCUAUAUGGAUGAAAAAGAAGCAUGAAAGACCAAAUUUAUUAGAAAAUACAAAAAUUUCGUAUGAACCCAAACGAGCAAAAUUCUGAACAAAGUGGAAUCUCUGCCGCAAGGGGUCCCAAUUCUUUGUCAGAACAUCGACCGGAGACAGGAGACGGAAUGAAGCGUGCGGCAGCAAGGCAGAUGAUAGAGAGAUAUUACUAUCAGCUUACCGAUGGCUGUGGAAAUGAACAUUGUCAGAAUGUAGAUUGUGCUUCUUGUCCCACAUUUUCAUUGAAAGACAAAACAAAGAAUGAACUUGCCAUUAAAGCAAUUGACCUGUUCAAAGGGAAAGCUGAGUUGUGUGGAUCACAGCCUAGCAAGGUACCACGUGCAGAAAAUACGGCAGGUCCGUCAAAAGUCAGUCAUGCAGAAAUAGUAACAACACCAAAAGUCAUCUUGGAGGAAAAGCCGUCAUCGUCCAAAGGGCAGACAACUGCUCUGUUCUCUCAACAAUCAACAUGCAAUGUUAUAAAACCUAUUCCUACUCCAGCUGCUGAAACAAUAAAUUAUUUAACAGAAGAAAAGGUUUUGAAGCUGAUAAAAGACUGUGAGGAGGAAAAUAACUGGUCCAAACUCAUCCGUGUGACUGGUGCCACAUUCAAUAAUGCAGACUCGUUGAUUAUGAGUUUCCGCAAAAAGGAGGAUCAGACUAGUCCCAAUGAUGAUAUAAAGAAAGAAGGCUCUGGACACGGGAGUACCAGCCACUCUGAAGUUAAUUCUUGUGACAGAGAAUUAGCACAUUCUCUGGAUUUAGAUGCAGUUCGAAGAACAUUUAAAGCCUUAUUGACGAUUCCAGGUUUGCCCUACCAAGGUGCUUUAGUGAACGCUCUGUCUAGUUUAUCAAGAAAUGUGGAAAUGGAACUCCGAUAUCGAAGACCCUUGGAACAGAAUCCCAAUUAUAUUAAUAUAUUUUUGAUUGUGAUGGAAAUUCCUCUUGAUGAGCACCAAGAAAUAAUGGAAAACUCCUUUCCAGAGUUCUGCAAAGCACUGGGUCACAUGACUGUGUCAGGACAGGCUAAACUUGCCAGAAUCUGGUCCACCUUUGGAGCUGACUGGCUGCUGCAGAUGACAAGAACCCUCCAUCAAGUGAUUACAGUCAAAAUUGCACAAAACCAUGGGCGAUGGGGUCGUGUCUACCAACUUAAUGAAGAUGAAGGUAUUGCAGGUGCCACGAAAGUGAUGAAAAUUCUGUACUAUGCCAGCAUAGUAGGAGGAGGAAUGGACCCAGAUACUAUUCUUGCAGAGGAGAAAGAAGUGAAUGAUACAGAAGAAAGCCUGCAGGACAUGUUACAUGAAGGAGCAGUGGGUCACGAGCACAAAGACCUGAGUAAACCCAAAGAGGAUCCCCUGUCCCAGGAAUUGAGUGUUUCUGUGAUGGACUGUCGCUCACCCUUAGUUUCUUAUGACGAAUUUGUAAAUGAACUUUUGAAUGAAUAUGUGGACAUUGAGGUUGAUUACAAAAGCAAGAUGGAGUCUAAGUUUUCUUUUAUGAAUCACAGCUUUAUAUUAACAACUGCUUCUAAACAUACCUGCAUGUAUUUUGACAACAGGGUUAGAAUGUUUAAUGAAAGAAGAUCUUCCAUUUUAAAUACGUUUCUAAGAGGCCUACCCCCCACCCCUUUCCUGCGACUCCGAGUGAGAAGAGAACACCUUAUAGAUGAUGCCUUAGUUAAUUUGGAAAUGACAGCUAUGGACAACCCCCAGGACUUAAAGAAACAGCUGAUUGUGGAGUUUGAGGGUGAACAUGCCAUGGAUGAAGGGGGUGUGUCUAAAGAGUUCUUCCAGCUUGUUGUAGAAGAAAUUUUUAAUCCAGAUUUUGGCAUGUUUACUCACAACGAGCAUACCAGACAGUUUUGGUUUAACCCAACGUCCUUCGAAAAUGAUGGUCAAUUUACUCUCAUUGGAAUUGUGCUUGGACUAGCCAUAUACAACAGCACCAUUGUAGACAUCCACUUCCCCUCAGUCGUGUAUCGCAAGCUCAUGGGAAAGAAAGGCAGAUUCCAGGAUCUUAAAGACUUGGAUCCGACACUGUAUGCUAGUCUACAGCAGAUACUGGAGUAUGAAGGAGAUGACUUUGAGGAUGUGUUCAUGCAGCCAUUCAAGGUUGGCUACAAAGAUGUGUUUGGAUGUGAUCUGACUCAUGAACUAAAAGAGAAGGGAGGAGAAAUAUAUCUCAGUCAGGAAAAUAAAAAGGAAUUUGUUGACCUGUAUUCAGACUUCAUUCUCAAUAAAGCCAUUGAGAAACAAUUCCGAGCAUUCAAGCGAGGAUUUAACCUGGUGACCAAUGAAAGUCCACUUCGCAUUCUCUUCCAACCAGAGGAAGUGGAACUUUUGAUCUGUGGAAGCAUGCAUUUUGAUUUUUACGAUCUACAAAAAUCAACGGAAUAUGAUGGAGGUUUCACAGUUGACUCCCCAACAAUUAAGUAUUUCUGGGAGAUAGUGCAUGACUUCUCAGAGGAUCAGAAAAGACGUUUGUUACAGUUCACCACAGGAACAGACAGAGUCCCUGUGGGAGGACUCUCAAAGAUCAAGCUGAUCAUUGCUAGAAAUGGUCCGGAUUCUGACAGACUACCAACAGCUCAUACCUGUUUUAACGUGUUACUUCUGCCAGAUUAUUCCACCAAGGAGAAGUUGAAAGACAGACUAGAAAAGGCAGUGGAUUACUCAAAAGGCUUCGGAAUGCUGUGAUAUGUACUAUGUAUAUUGCCAAGUUUCUUCAUACAUCAAAUGUAUAUGUUAUAUGUGUUUCUUUAAGGAUGGUGAACCUAAUCCCUUCAACUGAGAUGAAUAGCUUGUACAUUGAUAUAAGAUAGAGAAACCUAUGAUGUAAUGAUUCAAUUAAAUAGUUAUUAAGUUACUGGGAUAGAUUUUCAUUUGAAGUGUGGCAAAUAUAAAAUGUACUGGCAAAGGAAAAUGUCCAUGAAGAAUGUUUUAAAUCAAAAUCUUUUAUUUGUAUUUCAGACUUAUGUAAAGCAAUUAUUUUUCAUUGAAAUUGAAGGCAAAAAAACGUCAAUGGCUGAAAUUAUUGCAGGGCCAGUUAUACAUUAGAAUGUUGCAAGAAAUUGUGUAAGAAUUAGUCAUAAAUGUAGUACAAUAUGUAUUUACUAAAUACACAACAAUUGUAAUGAAACAUACCUGCAUGUUACUGUAUUUAUACAUGUAUUUGUGUGUGAUAAAAGCAAUAAUGCACUACACAAAACAAAUUAUAUCCAUAUAAAUAUGUUUAUAAGUCCCCACGACAACCACAUUUGAGUGUAUGCAGUAGCAAACUAAAGCAUUGAUAUUACAUGUAGGUUCAUCGUCCUUAAAUGCAAAAACUAAUUUUAAUGACUUCUUGUGGAUAAUGAACAAAACCUCGAGUACUUAACAUAUUCAUUGUACAUGUUUGUUAAUUAUAGACCAUAUAGGGCAAGACAAAUAUUAUAUGAAGAGCUAUGGGUUCUUUUAAAUGCACCAAUUUGGAAAGUUAUUUAUACCAUAGAUGACAGCCUAGAAUAUUCCUGAAUGCUUUGCGGCGGAGCAAGUCCUGGUAUGCACCAAAAGGGGUCACAUAGAUUUCAGAUAUCAAUGAUAAAUUUAGAGAAGCAGUUUUAUUGAGCAAUUGGUGAAGAAAUGCACCCAUGAAAUGAAAAUGUCUGCCAUUUGACAUUCAUAAGAACUAGUGCGAUCUGUAAGACACAGAAAGGUUUGUCAUACCUGUUGUGAUCACAGCAAAAUAGUUAUGGGAAUACUUAAAUUAAAUUGCUCUAUAAUGAUUUAAAAACGGAAUCUUGAUGAUAAUUGAUACACUGAGAAGCUGUAGUGGCUACAGGUAUGUAACUACAUGUAUACUAAUUCUAAGUUGAAUUAUUUGCAGAUGUCCAUUUGAUAACUAUUACUCCAGCAUAUGGCUGAUCUUAGCCUGCUAUAUAUUACUACUGUAUACAGCCUUAUUAAUCGAAGUUCGAUGUUGUUCUUGAAAAAAAUCUGUGUAAGUUUAAUAACGCCCUUUGUACAAGCACAACGUGUAUUGUCUGAAAACAUUUUUAGUAUCCUUGGGUAGUUAUAUGUUUUAAACAAAACUUGCAAGUUAUUCUUUGACUUACUGCAACAUCUGUUGCUGUAUUUUUUUUCAUACCAGUAUGAAAUUUUUUGGAAUGAUAAAAUUAAGUUCAGCUUGUUGUGUGUGUGUUGUGGAUUUCAAUUUUUGUAUACAUGUAUAUGUACUUGAAAGAUUGAAGCAAAGUGUAUUUAAUUGAAAAAGGAGACCAUACUUUUUCUUGAGCUUUGUUACAGGAAUGAUGAGAAAGAUAAUGAAUGAUGAAAUCAUGACAAGAGAAAUCCAUCUGUAGGAGAUUCUCAUCCACAACUUACUCUCAGUCGUUACCAGUGUCAGUUGAAGUCAAUUGCAAAAUGACAAGUUAUUUAUAAGUUCCGUAUGAAUAGAAUAAAGUGUGAACUGUCCAAUAGCAUGUCGAGACCAAUAAAUGCAAACUAAAAGCA